UCAUGAUCUUCUUUUACUUAAUUGGCACUGCUAAAACACAACCAGGAUAACUGCUGUACAUAGUUUUCUCUUUCCUCCAGUUAAUGUGGGAGUUUCUAUCCUGUGAACGAACGUGUCAGCUUGUUUUCAUCAAUUUAAAUAAUACAACAGAGGUACCGUUUCAUUCUGUAAAAAUGCUCCCGCUCCCGCUCGCCUCCUCCGGCCGCGGACCGGCACGAACCGAGUCGUCGGUCGCCUUCUCUGUCGCGCCGGCGGGAGCCGAGCCGCUCCCUAGCUCGUGGCGGCCGCCCGCGCUCCCCCGCCCGCUCCCAGGGCCUGCUGGACCCUCCGCCCGCCUCCUCCAAGGUGCGCCGGUACCAGCCACCCCGCGGGGAGCCGCACCUCCCCCCGGCCGGCAAUGGUGCGGGUCGCGGCCGCCCUAGGGGCAAGCGCAAGAAGAAGCGUGGCCCUGCGCGGGCUAAUGGUGCUGCCCCGGCCACUGGCCCCUCUCGCGAUCCGGCUGCCUCGACUACGACCGCCCUCCUACCCGACGACCGCUCCGCCGACCUCGUCAAGUGCUUCAAUCGCGGCCUCUCCGGCCACUCUCAGGUUGUGUGCACGCGUCCUCAGUGCUGCUACCUCUGCUCCGACCCGGACCACCCGGCCUUCCUUUGCCCCGACCGCCCGGUGGCUGAGGAGCUGAUGACGUAUGAGCACGGGAUUGAGGGCCUCGGUUACUUCCACAUCGAGGUGCCUGACAUCCCCGCCCCUUCUCCAUCGCUCUUGGCCGUUGUCACCGUGAAGGAUGGGGUGGCCUCGCCGGAGAUGAUCGAGACCGAGCUCAACCACCUCUACCACUGCUCCUGGGAUUGGCAGGUCUCCAUGCUGCCGGGAGGUCAGAUCUCGGUCGUCUUUCCAGACGCGGUCAGCCACGGCUACAGCACUCGCAGCGGAGACAUCACCCUAGCCCUCCACAAGCUAGUGGUGGACAUCUCCGUGCCGGUGCAGGACCCCCUGGCGGUCGCGGUCCUGGACACUACAUGGAUCCUCAUCGGCGGCCUCCCCGACAUUGCCCGCUCCGAGCGGGUCAUUCGGAACAUGUCCCGCAUCCUUGGCAAGGUGGUCGUGGUGGAUGAGCACUCCCUCCGUAAGGAAGAGGAGGUCCGGGUCAAGGUCAAAUCCCUUGAUUCAUCCAGACUCCGUGGCACGGUUCGUGUCUUCUUCAACGACCAGGGCUUCGACUUCCGCAUCUCUCCCGAGCCGCCCAACCACAUUGGCCGCCCCCGCAUCCCCGACGAUAGCUUUCUGGGGGGCGGCUCUGCUGGGGGAGGCGAUGGUGGCCACCGCAGCGACCGUGACCCUCGCCACGGCCACCCCUCUGGCUCGGAGGAUGACGACGACGGCUUCAAGGACAGUCCGCACGACCAGCCUCCCGCUCCGACUGCUAGGGGCGGUACCGGGGCCGGCCGUUCCCGCGCAGCGGAUCCCCUGCCCCCUGAUGACGACUGCCUCGACGCCUCGGACGUGAGCCUUCAGGUCUUCCCGGCAUCUUCGCCGCGCUCCCCCGACCGUACUACCCCCGGCAUCUUCGCCCUCUCCCCCGGCUCAACCGACCUGCCUGACCCGGCCCUGCCCGCCCUGUCCCCCCCCCCCCGUGGCUGCCCCUCCCAGCUGGAGACUCUGGGGGCGUCGGGCCCGGUUGCGACCCCGACUCCUCCUAUGCUCACGGGGGUGGCUUCCAGCCCGGUUGGGGGGCCGGUCUCCCCACCUCCGACGGUGGCCGUGACUCCGGCUCCGCCACCCUCCCCUGGUUCCUGCCCGGCGCUCCCUGCUCCCCCGCUGGCGACUCCAUGCGCCACCGCCAUGGGGCUGGCGGUGGUGGUGACCACUCCGGUGGCCGGCCCACCGCCUCCCCCCGGACUGCGGCCUACUCCAGGCAGGGCAGGUCGACCUCAUCCCCGGUGACCUCGCGUCGCAGUGCUCGGAUUGAGGCGUCCAGACCGGCUGGCAGCCCGGCCCUACCUGUCCCCGAGCAGGCUGCCCUCCGGGCCGCUGCCCGGAACCUCGAGCCAGCUUUGGCGUCCGCUUAGCCGUCCCAGGGAGAGAGACGCCAUCACCUCCAUCAUCACUCAGCUUCGCGCGAUGGCUCUCCGGUUGGCUCCACCGCUUCCCCCGCCACCUCCGGAACCAGAUUAGAUCGCCGCCUUCGUGCUCCGCCGCCGCUGCCUUGGGACGUUUCGUAGUGAGUUUGCGCUGGGCUUGUUAUGCUGUGCCCACAGCUGAACUUGGAUCUGUGUGUGUUUAUUCUGUGUGUGUUGGACCCUACCUGCGGCGGCUUUGUGUCGGUGUGUGUUGUGUUCCAUUGUUACCUUGGUACUUGUUGCUUGGUGGUUGCUUUAUUUAUUAACCGGGGCGAAAGCCUUUUUCGGUAAUAUCACUGUUAGCUUCUCAAAAACUUUAGUCUGAGGCAGGCUCUGUAUCGGACUUAAUUUGGGGUUCUUUAAGUAGCCUGUUAGUAUGGC